UCUGACAGGUCCCGGGGGCCUGCGAGUGUCAUUGGUGGUGACCGCAGCCGGGCUGCCGCCGCUGCCGCCGCGACCAUGGCCUCCGGGAGCAGUGGGCUCGCCGCCGCCCGCCUCCUGUCGCGUUCCUUCCUCUUGCAACAGAAUGGAAUUCGGCAUUGUGCCUAUCUAGCUUCCCGGAAACAUCUCUACGUUGAUAAAAAUACAAAGGUUAUUUGUCAGGGUUUCACUGGUAAGCAGGGCACCUUUCACAGCCAGCAGGCGUUGGAGUAUGGCACCAAACUCGUGGGAGGAACCACUCCAGGGAAAGGAGGCAAGACGCACCUGGGCUUACCGGUCUUUAAUACUGUAAAGGAGGCCAAAGCACAGACAGGAGCCACAGCUUCUGUCAUAUAUGUCCCUCCUCCUUUCGCUGCUGCUGCCAUUGACGAAGCUGUUGAGGCGGAAAUGCCCUUGGUCGUGUGCAUUACUGAAGGUAUCCCACAGCAGGACAUGGUACGGGUCAAACACAAAAUACUGCGCCAGGGAAAGACAAGGCUGAUCGGGCCAAACUGCCCCGGAGUCAUCAAUCCUGGAGAAUGUAAAAUUGGUAUCAUGCCUGGCCAUAUUCACAAGAAAGGAAGAAUUGGUAUUGUGUCCAGAUCUGGCACCCUGACUUAUGAAGCGGUUCACCAAACAACACAAGUUGGACUGGGGCAGUCUUUGUGCAUUGGCAUUGGAGGGGAUCCUUUUAAUGGAACAGAUUUUAUCGACUGCCUGGAAGUCUUUCUGAAUGACCCAGCCACAGAAGGCAUCAUCCUGAUUGGUGAAAUUGGUGGCAAUGCAGAAGAAAACGCUGCAGAAUUUUUGAAGCAACAUAAUUCAGGCCCCAAAGCCAAGCCUGUGGUGUCCUUCAUUGCUGGCUUAACGGCUCCUCCCGGCAGGAGAAUGGGUCACGCAGGCGCCAUUAUUGCUGGAGGAAAAGGUGGCGCAAAGGAGAAGAUCUCUGCCCUUCAGAGCGCAGGGGUCGUGGUCAGCAUGUCGCCUGCGCAGCUGGGAAACACCAUCUACAAGGAGUUUGAAAAGCGGAAGAUGCUGUGAAAGGGAAAACAGGAAGUUGCCUGAGCCUGUGGAAUGAAUCAUUGUGUAAAGUGAACCAGUGGCAGUUGCUUCUGUUGUCCACUGUCAGCCUGCGCCUGUCCCUGGGCUUCCCACAGCGGGAAGCCAAAACAGAAACAAGGCUUCGAAAGUUCUGUAUCGAGAUGUUCCCGCCUCAUGUGUAACGGAGACAGCCAAUAAAUCUACCAUUUGAUUUCA